AUGUCUAGAUAUUACCGACGAAGAAAUGAAAAACAAGUAUUAAUGAAUAAAAGUGAAUAUGACUUUUACCGUAAACAUUCCAAAAAGUCUAGUCUGAUAGUCAUUAUGCUGUAUUUAGCCACUGAAAGUAAAUUUUUAACUGUGAACGGAAAUCCCAGUAGAAGUUUCCCAGUCGUGAAUAAAUUUCCGCUUUCAUUCAGUUUCUGGUGUCAUUAA